GCCCUGCGGUAGAAAGGACGGAUGGAUGGAUGUUAACCUUUCAGCUGUUUUUCAUGUCAAAAUAUUUGAUAAAAAAUAAAAAACCUUUAAAAUGAUUAAUAAAAUGAUUCCGUUGUUCAGUUAAUUUUCCGGUUUGUCUUCCUGAUCUAAUUGAUCCUGAUCGGUUCUCAGCAGGUCGCUGCAGCUGGAGACACGAAACCAGUUCAACACCGUCCUGCUAAUGAGGAAGAGGAGGAGGAGGAAGAGCAGCGACUCUCAGACAUCAGAAGGUUUUUUUCCUCCAUCUGACGGCGGCUUCCUGUGAGACGUCCUCCCCUCUGUUUCCACGGUGACGGCAUCCCCCCCCUCCCCUCCUCCUCUUCCUCCUGCUGCUCCUCUUCCUCGCCCAUCGCUCGCUGUCCGGCUCCGUCGGCUCGUCGGUGUCGUCAGGAUGGGAGAUAAAGGAACCAGAGUGUUUAAGAAGGCCAGUCCCAACGGGAAGCUCACGGUCUACCUGGGGAAGAGAGACUUUGUGGACCAUGUGGACCUGGUGGAGCCCGUCGAUGGAGUUGUGUUAAUUGACCCAGAAUACCUGAAGGAGAGGAAAGUGUUCGUCACGCUGACCUGUGCCUUCCGGUACGGCCGGGAGGACCUGGACGUCCUGGGGCUGACGUUCAGGAAGGACCUGUUCGUGGUGAACAUCCAGGCGUUUCCUCCACUGCCUGAAGAGAAGAAGAGUCUGACUCGUCUUCAGGAACGCCUGAUUAAAAAACUGGGGGAGCACGCCUACCCCUUCACCUUCGAGAUCCCUCUGAACCUGCCGUGCUCCGUCACCCUGCAGCCGGGACCGGAGGACACCGGGAAGGCGUGCGGAGUCGACUUUGAGGUGAAAGCUUUCUGCGCAGAAAAUCUAGAGGAGAAAAUCCACAAAAGGAACUCGGUGCGCCUGGUCAUCAGGAAGGUUCAGUACGCCCCGGAGAAACCAGGCCCCCAGCCGACGGCCGAGACCACCAGGCAGUUCCUGAUGUCGGACAAACCGCUGCACCUGGAGGCGUCGCUGGACAAGGAGAUUUAUUACCACGGCGAGCCCAUCAGCGUCAACGUUCACGUCACCAACAACACCAACAAGACGGUGAAGAAGAUGAAGAUCUCAGUGCGGCAGUACGCGGACAUCUGCCUGUUCAACACGGCGCAGUACAAAUGUCCCGUCGCUGUGGAAGAGUCGGAUGACGUUGUGGCUCCCAGCUCAACGUUCUGCAAAGUUUUCACCCUCACUCCAUUCCUGGCCAACAACCGGGAAAAGCGCGGCCUCGCCCUGGACGGAAAACUGAAGCACGAAGACACCAACCUGGCCUCCAGCACUCUCCUGAGAGAAGGAGCCAACAGGGAGAUCCUCGGCAUCAUCGUGUCCUACAAAGUCAAAGUGAAGCUGGUGGUGUCACGAGGCGGGCUUCUCGGAGAUCUGGCUUCCAGUGACGUCUCUGUUGAGCUGCCCUUCACAUUAAUGCACCCGAAGCCGCUGGAGGAGUCCAUCUACAGAGACGCUCCAGAUGAAGCUCCGAUCGACACUAACCUGAUUGAGUUUGACACAAAUGACGAUGACAUCAUAUUCGAGGACUUCGCCCGCCAGCGGCUCAUUGGCGCUAAAGACGAGAAGGAGGAAGAGGAGGAACCCUUGGACUCACCCAAACCCGACGACAGAUAGAGGCGACGGGCGUCACGGCCGUCACUGUUGUUGUUUUGCUGCUGUUUGUAGUGUGGAGCCGGCAGAGGUUACCUGUAGGCCGAGCCGCAGUCUGGACACCCUCCAAACACUCGGUGGUGGCGUGUUUGUGUGUUUGUUCAUGUCCGUCCUCUCUCUGCGUCCCGCAGGGUGUAGAAUACCGCAGCCUUGUGUCGUCGGGCCGAGCCUCGGCAGGAACUCAGAGCCGGCGAUCGCUGGACGCAUGCCUCUCUUUGUUCUUCGUAUUUCCAUUAGAGACCGAUCGGGAGUUCAGUUGUGUUGAGAUUAGUUUCAGUGUUUUAUGUUGAAGGGUCUUUAAAAACACUGCCAAAUUCAGAUGACUUGCAACGGUUCCCCACCAGAUCAACAUCAGGGACUUCAGCUUACGUCUGCAGGUGAAGAACCGACCCAACGAGACAACAAGGAACCAGUGCAUGAAAUAUAUCAGUAUUUUGAUGUUUAUUGAGGUCAUGAGUAAUGAAGUUAUCCUUGGUUUGUUUCCACACGUUGAUCAUUACCCAAAUCAUCAUCAUUGGGUUAAAAAUAUUCUCCCAGCUCAUGAAAGCUGUGCCUACAGUCACCAGUAGUAGAAAAACCAAAGCAGUGGUUUAGUUAAAGAAAUGCAGUGAGACCCACUGGAACAUGCAUGUUGCUCCUAAACGACACCAGAGAUCGUUAGAAGUCCAAUUCCACAGAGUUCUGUGGUACUUUAUGGUUCUUCUUAAAACCCAGCCGCGGUUCUGACCUCCAGGUGAAGACAGUCCUACAAGAUCAGUGAAAGUGGCCUUAAUUAAUGACAUUUCCUAUGUAUGGUCCCAACAACUGGUCUGCAGACCAACCAGCCAAAAGAUUAUGACCCCAAACUUUAUUAGGUUGUCUACAGAUUCUGGACUGGAUGUGAUUGGAUGUGAUUGGAUGUGAUUGGUUGUGAUUGGUUGUGAUUGGGUGAAUGGGAGGCAGAGCCUGGUCUGGCUGGUUGUUGUGUUGCUCAGACGUCCAGCUGGUGUUUUCUGUCUUCAGGCUCGUGUGACGGAGCAUCAUCCUGCAGACCAGCUGGUAUCAGCGUUUUAUUGUCUGCUUUCCUUCUUGACACCGUGGCUGAUAGAGAUUGACAUGAAGCUGAGCGUCUAUGUGGUGGAAAACAACAAAGCCCAUCAGAGCAGUUUUGGUAAAGUUCUGAUGCUCGUGCGUUCAGUGCAGCAGGUUCCGGUGGUGGAUCUUGGUGAUCUGCUGCUUCACAACCACAAACAGUGAGGAGGCGAACUCUCCAGCUGAAAUGUAGCAAACGUUGCAGUUUUGGUUCCCAAUCGAACCGAGUUUACUGGACUAUCAGGAAGGAAAACACCCUAAAGCUCUGCAGACCUCACUGCCUCAGCUAAGGUCAGAGGUCAUGCUUGAUGACAAAGAGAGAAAAUGGGAGAGUUCCAACUCUAGAACCAGAGCUGAUCCAGAAGAACAUGAAGGUCUUCCUCACAUUUACUGCUAACACCCUGAUGACCUCCGACCUUUCAGGGGAAAUCCUGAUGAGUUUAAAGUGGAAGGUGUUGGUCCCGUUUCCUCUGGAGUAAAACCAACGCAGCAUUUCAGAGCCAGAGCUGCGGCUGAAUUUGGUGCGUCAGGCUGUUGGUCUCUCCUUCCUCCUUCCUCUGAUGAUUUGCUGUAAUUGAUGGAACCAUAAUUUCUGCUCUCUGAGAGGAAACCCUGAAGGAAGAGUUCUCUCGAACUCAAGCUCUCUUGCACUGAUCCGGUUUUGCAGCAGAAUAUUGAUCAACAGGUCAAAAUGCAAAACAGAAACCAAAGCUCUGGAGUGGCCAAGUCAAAGUUCAAGCUAAAGUCUGGUUCUAAAACAAUUCCUAUACUUAAAAAUCUAGUCUGUGAUUUAGAAGAUUACUGGUCAACAGAAGUAAAUUCCCUGUUUGAUCUGGUUCAGAUGGUUUUAAAUCAUUUAUUUCCCCUCAGUAAAAUGAAAUCAUCUGAAUUUACUGGAGUUAUCUCUGUCUGAUGAGUGAAUUAGUUCCAUUUCAAUUAAAUGUGAUAAAGUAUUAAAAUGUGUAGGGGUGAAUACUGUUAACCAACAUUGCACAUGUUUAAAUUCUGUUGUUCCAACCUGCUGUGCUACCGCCACCUGCUGGUGGCAGCCUGAACAGCAGAUACAGUAGAAGAUGAAACCCCUUAAAUUACUUGAGUUUUGACAAUAUUUUCCGCAUAUUAAUAUAUACAAAAAAAUAAUGACUUUAAUCUGUAAUUAACUGUAGAUUCCUGUGUGAGUUUUAUUUUUAAAAAGCAGGAUUUGUUCCUCUAAACUCCUGAUGAUGAUCAGUGAACUGAUCAUCUGUGUGUUAAACGUUCACAGUUUUUCUCUUCGUCAACCCUGUGGCCGUAAACGACGGUUUCUGUUUAAUAUUUGCUGAUUUUAAUAUGAAGUGAGAUUCUGAACUUGUAUUUUCUGACAGAUGUUUGACACCAGGUUGUCUUGGAGACUCGAAGUCGGAGGAUGAGGAAGAAACACAUCAUGUCUGUUUAUACUUUAGUUCCAGUUGUGGUUUAUUUUGAUAUUGUCAGAGAAACGUGUAUAUUCCCCACAGUCUUUAAUAAAAACACUGUUAGAAGCUC